AGAAACUGACUCAGCUUCCACAGACCUGUAUACACUCAGGAAAAUAAACAGGUGUUUUAUUGUCAAUUGGAAUUCCUAGGUUAUUUAUGACAGUUUUCCAGGAUACUGAAGAAAAAGAAUGAUAAUGAAAAACCAAACUGUCAUCACACAGUUCCUCCUUCUGGGCCUGCCCAUCCUACCAGAACAUCAGCACUUGUUCUAUGCCUUGUUCCUGGCCAUGUACCUCACCACUGUCCUGGGAAACCUGCUAAUCAUUGUCCUUGUUCAACUGGACUCCCAUCUCCACACACCAAUGUACUUGUUUCUCAGUAACUUGUCCUUCUCUGAUCUCUGCUUUUCCUCUGUCACAAUGCCCAAAUUGCUGCAGAAUAUACAGAGCCAGGACCCAUCCAUCCCCUAUGCAGGCUGCCUGGUGCAAACAUACUUCUUUAUGGUUUUUGGAGAUAUGGAGAGUUUCCUUCUUGUGGCGAUGGCCUAUGACCGCUAUGUGGCCAUCUGCUUCCCUCUGCAUUACACAAGCAUCAUGAGUCCCAAACUCUGUGGUUGUCUAAUGAUGCUAUUGUGGAUGCUAACAACAUCCCAUGCCAUGAUGCAUACUCUCCUUGCAGCAAGAUUGUCUUUUUGUGAGAACAAUGUGAUCAACUUUUUCUGUGACCUAUUUGUUCUCCUAAAGCUGGCCUGCUCAGACACUUAUGUUAAUGAGUUGAUGAUAUUUAUAAUGAGUUCCCUCCUCAUUGUUAUUCCAUUUUUCCUCAUUGUUAUAUCCUAUGCAAGGAUCAUCGCCUCCAUUCUUAAGGUUCCAUCUAUUCAAGGGAUCUAUAAGGUCUUCUCCACUUGUGGUUCCCAUUUGUCUGUAGUAUCACUGUUCUAUGGGACAAUUAUUGGUCUCUACUUAUGUCCAUCAGGUAAUAAUUCCACAGUAAAGGGGACUGUCAUGGCCAUGAUGUAUACAGUGGUGACUCCCAUGCUGAACCCCUUUAUUUAUAGCCUGAGGAAUAGAGACAUGAAGAGGGCCCUAAUAAGAGUUAUUUGCAGUAAGAAAAUCUCUCUGUAAUGGUAGCAUUUUGGAUUUUACCUAAUUUUAUGUGAUAAAUAUAUUGAGAUUAAUAUUUUAUAUC